CAACACCAACACCAACAACUCAACCCGAUAACAACAGGUUUUUUAUUUAUCUUUUGGGGGGGGCAUCUUGGCUGAAUGAGGCAAAACAGACAUGGCAUCACCACAUACGCUUCAGCCUGUCCUGAAGAUGAAGGUUGACGAGCUCUUCCUCUUUUGGUUGAGUGAGCCGAGCACUCAGGCGAUGCUGAAAAACUACCUGAACAAAAUCAAGAAUGGAGAAGAAAUAGAAUUGAGUCUUGGGGAUUUCAAGAGCAGGAACACUCUAGUCUUAACAGAAAACAACAACAUUUCAUCAAAGAUUAAUGCAACAGAGAAACCAGAUGCGGCCCUUGGCGCCUUGUGCAGCCCCCUAUCAGCCAUGCUGCCAUCUGCGAGUGGCAGCAAUAACAGAGCUGGACUAAAUGCGAGGGCCCUGCGAUGCUCUGUCAGCAUUAAGAAGGAGGCACAGGCUAAGAAAGAGGAGCCCAUUACACCAGCCUUGAGUGAAAGCAUUCCAAAGUUCUACUACCCGCGAGGACAACCCAAGGCCAAUAUCAACAUUGACAAUCUCAUUUCCAAGAUAGAAAAAACAUUUUCUCAAUUUCCUGAUGAAAGAGUCACUAUUAACGACAUGGGGCUAGUCGCCAAGGCUUGCGAGUGCCCACUCUAUUGGAAAGCACCAUUUUUCCAUGCUGCCGGAGGAGACAGGAGGGGAUAUGUGUCUGUUUAUAAGUUUGUGGCAAUGUGGAGAAAAGUGCUUCAGACCUGUCAUGAUGACGCAUCCAAAUUUUUUCACCUUCUUGCCAAGCCUGGCUGCAAUUAUUUGGAACAAGAAGACUUCAUUUCAUUCCUGCAGGAUGUGGUGGACUCUCAUACAGGUUUGGCAUUUCUAAAGGAGGCUUCAGACUUUCACUUACGCUACAUUACCACAGUUGUCCAAAGGAUAUUUUAUAAUGUAAAUCGCUCAUGGACGGGGAAAAUAACUUGUUCAGAACUCAGGAAAAGUAGUUUUCUGCAGAAUGUGGCACUACUGGAAGAAGAGGAAGAGAUUAACCACUUGACAGAGUUCUUCUCUUAUGAACAUUUUUAUGUAAUCUACUGUAAAUUCUGGGAGCUUGACACAGAUCACGACUUGUACAUAGACCAGAGAGACCUGGCCCGACAUAAUGAUCAAGCCAUAUCCACCAGAAUGAUUGAGAGAAUAUUCUCAGGAGCUGUAACCAGGAACAGGAAGAUUCAUAAAGAGGGCAGAUUGAGCUAUGCUGACUUCGUGUGGUUCCUCAUAUCUGAGGAGGACAAAAAAACUGAGACCAGCAUAGAGUACUGGUUUCGCUGUAUGGACCUGGAUGGGGAUGGUGUGCUAUCCAUGUAUGAGCUUCAAUACUUCUACCAGGAGCAGUGUCAGAAGCUGGAGACUAUGGCCAUUGAGCCUCUGCCUUUUGAGGACUGCCUGUGCCAAAUGUUAGACCUGGUUAAGCCAGAAAUUCCAGGAAAAAUCACUCUCAGGGACUUGAAGAGAUGUAAACUUGCUUAUAUUUUCUUUGACACGUUGUUCAACAUCGACAAAUAUCUGAACCAUGAACAAAGGGAACCCUUACUGGCUGCAAAGGAUGCUGAGAUACUAGGACAAGAGAUUUCUGACUGGGAGAGAUAUGCUGCAGAAGAGUAUGAUAACUUGGUGGCUGAGGAAACUGCCAACGAGCAGUACAACGAUGGCUAUGAAAAUGCUCUAAAAGCAGUCAACAACCUUACAUGUGCUUUUGACCAGCACAACGAGAAGAGACCUCUCUUUGAAAUCCCCAACCCUCACUGUAACCUGGAUUUGGAUGAAUAUGAAUACGAGGACGAUUUUGAAUGACAUCCACCAAUAAGUGCACCACAAGUAACAAAAGAAAAGCCACCCUCUGGUAGUGUAUAACAGGAAGUGGACAAAGCCCGCUCUUAAAGACUGGUACUGCCUGGUUUAGUUAGCGAAGUCUUUAAGGAUAAACUCAGCUGCUGGAUGCCAAACAGUAAACCAGCAUUCUGGCAAGACUCAGUAGGACAGCUAGCGGAGUAUAUCGGUUAGAUCGACAUCUGCACACAGCCAGUUUUCUAAAACAAAUAUAGAUGCUCUGUAGGUUUCAAGUUGCUACGCUGGGAUCUAACCAGGACAUUUAAAGUAACCAUGAAAUAUUGAAUGUGCACUUAUUUUAUACACUUAGAUUUGGCUAUUCACACAUUCCAGAGAUAUACCGAAGUGAUUUCAGAUGUUCACCACCAGCUUGAUUUCAUGGAUGGAUUAUUUCUCAUGGAGCUCUUGCCUACAUGCCUUAUUUGAGGGUCACACUAAAAUGGAAUAAUGCAGUAACCAGUUUGACAUUUUACAGUGUUUGUGUGAGAUGUUUUUAAAUUAUAAUGUGUGUGUGUGUGUGUGUGUGUGUGUGUGUAUAUAUAUAUAUAUUUAUGUUGUGCUUGCAUCUUUUUGUUCAAAACCUUUAGGCUUUGUCCAGCUAAAUGUUUUCAACAAAUCAUGUUUAUGUUUGUAUAGAAGUGCUUCCUAACAAUGUACUUUUUUUUUUUCUUUGUAAAAUAUGAGCUGUUUUACAUCAAUGGAGUUCAAUAAAGUAUUCUUUCAUAAUUUGUCACUAGAUACUGUAUAAUCAUCUAUCAUCACAAAGUGUACUGUAUACUGCAUAUUAAUGUUUAAGAACCAAGACAAUUGAGUUAACUACAACCUCAAAUUAAAAUUAAUCUGCAGCAUUUGUGACAUAAUGUUGAUUACAACAGAAGAUCAUUUUGACUCUUCUGUCCUUUUUUUAGAAAAGAACAAAUCGAGAUUACAGUGAGACACUUUCAAUGGAAGUGAAUGGGUACAUUUUUGGAGGGUUUAGAGGCAGAAAUGUGAAUAUUAUAAUAUAAUAAAAGCACUUGCGUAUGUUGAAUCUCAAGUAUUAUUUGAGUUAUAAAGUCGUUUUAAGGUUUGUUGACAUUAAAUCAUGGCAACAAAGUUGUAAAAUU